AUGCAGGAACAUUUGAGGAUAUCCCUCGAAUCCGUCAGGUUGCUCCAGACUCGGUUGGGCCGUGAGUUUGAGCUGGUGUACCUGAGGUUACUUACUAGUGGAAUCGCUGUCAAGCUGACUGACCUGCUAUACAGGAGAGUCAAGGACAAAGUUGUUAUUGUUACAGGAGCCAAUUCCCCCCUGGGCAUCGGGCGAGCCAGCGCCCACCAGUUCGCUCGCAAUGGCGCAAAGGCCGUCUACCUCUGCGACUACGACGAGUCGCAUCUCGCUACACACAAGCGGGAGAUCGAGUCCCUCUACCCCGGUGUCGACGUCCAUGUGCGCCAGUUUGACGCCGCUGAUGAGCCGUCCGUCAAGGCCGUCGUCGACGAUGCUAUCAGCAAGUACGGCCGGUUAGACAUCAUGUUUGCUAACGCUGGCAUCAUCGGGCAACCCAAGGUCUUUACGGAAAUCGACUCGGACCAGUUUAUGCACACGUUGAAAACGAAUACCUUGAGUGUCUUUCUUGCCGUCAAAUAUGCCGCCCCCGCCAUGCAGAUUACCUCUCCCUCCAAACCCUAUCCCAACGGCUCGAUCAUCUGCACCGCCUCCGUCGCUGGCCUCCGCUCCAAUGCCGGCUCGACCGACUACUCCGCCUCUAAGGCAGCCGUGAUCUCGAUCGCGCAGACGGCCUGCUUCCAGCUGGCAGGCACGGGAGUGCGCGUCAAUGCCAUCUGCCCGGGCAUCGUCGAGACGGGCAUGACCCGCCCCAUGUACGAGGCCGCGCGGGCCCGCGGCACGGAGCGGAAGAUCGGGCAGCUGAACCCGCUGCGGCGAGGAGCCGUGGCGGACGAAGUGGCGCGUGUCGCCCUGUUCCUGGGCAGCGACGAGAGCAGCUACGUGAACGGCCAGGCCUGGGCGAAGAAAUCGCGACUGCUGGCGCGGCCGGAGAAACCAUCCGCUCGGGGCUGCACGUCAUUCCGAUUGGGACUGGCCGAUUGGCAGGAUCGCGAUCGCAGCAGCUCUUCUCCGCCUGAUCGUCUCGUGCUGCCUGUCCGCCCCUCUCCAUCCCUUCCCUUCACAUUCCUGCUCCAGCCCAGCCCAGCCCAGCCUCUGCUCCCCCUCCUUCAUGACGCCCCCCAACCCGCCGUCACUGCGUCUGCUGUGCACACCUGCCCCCCACGAGUCAUGGCGGACGUCAUAACGGCUCCUCCCCAACGCCGUUCGUCGUCGCAAGCCUCCUCGUCAUCUCGCAGGAGCCAGAAGGCCAAGACGGUCCGGUCCAAGGCGUACAAGCGUCACUCCACGUCCUCCAAUGCCACCAUCGCCGACUUGACCUCCUUCCCGUCGCUUUCUCCGGACAGCUCCCCCGAGGGGUUCCGCGGCGAGCCGGCUUUGACCUACGCCCUCAGUGAGGCCCUGCUGAGUGAUGACGGUGCAAAUAAUACUCGCGAAGGCAAUUGCGGUCGCCAAGCCGCCUUGGACAGGCUCACCUCGUCUCAGUCCCAUGGCUCGGGCCGCCCCGCGUUAUUUGACGACUCCGUCUUGAGUCCAGAUAUCCCCGGCGCCUUGCAUCUCGCGGAUGACGCGCAUAUUGAACGUCUUCUCGAACGGACAGGACCAGUCAAGCUCGUGCGGCAGUUCGCACGCGACCUGGCGAUGCGGGAUGCGGAGAUCUCGAAACUCCGCCGACGCGCCGACGCGCGGGAGAGGGAGCUGAAGAAAAUGCUCCGGGAGGUUUCGGUGUCGAGCCAGGACAUCGAGCGCAGGCUGUAUCUGUUGGAGAACCCAGCGACGGACGAGUCAAAGGAGGGCGAGAAUGGCGCCAAUCGGACAAAGCGGUCAUCCAGCAUUUAUGGGCUCAUGGACCAGGCUAUGUUGGACCCUGUUGGCGAAUCCUCCCCCGACAGUACGGAUUUGCAGGCGACUAUUCGUCCGCAGCGCAAUGACAGCGACGCGAGAUCGGGUACCUCGAGCGUCGAAUCGGGACAACAAAAGCGAGCGCAGGGAUCCCUGCGUGGGUGGCAGGACUAUCUCUUCGGCAGCACCAAUGCGAGUCGCAAGACCAGCCGGGCCAGUAGUGUAAUGAGCGAUAUUGACGACGUGGAAGAGGACGCCGGGCGUUCUCGGAUUCCCAGCGGUAGUACGACUGGCCGCCGCAAAGGACUCGAUGAGCAGCUCUUCCAGCCUCCCGAAGAACGGUCUGAGUCUCCGGCAGGGAUUCCACGGGGGAAGGAUUCUACAUCAGCUGUCAACAAUGAUGAUAAUUCCAGCAUUCAUUCACGCAAGUCGUCCAAGUCGUUGUCUUCUUGGACUGUCAAGCUGUUUGCUGGUAACUCUCAGGCGUCCAAGGACGCGGCUGCUGCCAAAAAUGGCGGCAGUCGGGCUUCGUCCACAGGACAGGCCAAGGGCAAAAACAAUUCAUCAGCUGCUGCGCCUUCGUCUUCCGCCAAGGGUGGGCUGUCCGCAGUAGCUGCCCUGAAGCGGAUCAACAGUUACACGGGCGUCAGCACCUUGCCGGGCCGGUCAUCCGCUUCUUCUGGAGGCGCAAAUAGGGCGCCUCAACAAGCUGGGCGAAGGGCUGCCGCAACCAGUGUGUCGCAGGGUUCCAACUCGGAACGGAAUACCGGCGACGCUUCGACCAACUUGGGUCCAGUCGAGAUGGAUGCCAUCUUGCCAAUGGAUUCUCGGCCGCCCACGCUCAAUUACACUUACAAUAACUAUCAGCCAGGAGAACUGUUGACGGAUCGGUUCGGUUUCAUCUACGAUCAACGCCGCAAAAAGAGGCAGAGGGAAGCGACUUUGCUGAGAAAGAAUGCCAAUCGGACGAGUAUGGCGGAGACAAUUAGCAGUUUCCGCAGCGAGGAUCCGCCAGAAGACAAUGAGGGUGAUGACGAUGAUCAGCCACAACGGUUGGAGUCGGCUGUGACCUCGCCGCGUCCAGGGACGCCUGUGUCGAUGGAGGAUCCGGAAAAUGACGCUCCUGCCCCCAAACGCUGGCAGGAUUACUUGAAGAUUGCUACGAAACCAACCGAACUUCUGGCGCACACACCCUCUGCAGGGCCCAUCGUUGGGAUAACGACAGGGGACGAACCGAAGCCGCGCACCUCUUCCGUCGCUAUCGAUAAGGGAGGUACUGUAUCUGUUAGUUCAAGUACGCAGCCCUCUGCGUCCACGUCGACAGUAGUAGCAGAUAACCCAGAAUUUGCCAACUCCGCAGCUCGGAAUCAACAAGUGGCAGAUACCAAGACCACAGCCAACGAACAGGAGCCGGUGAGAAUGCUCCUCGAGCAACUGACAGAACUUCACGACGCCCUUCAGCGGGAACGGACCAAGAAGUGGAACGAGUUCUUGCGAAAGGUCCGUGCCGAGCGUCGACGGGAAGGCGAAGCGGCAGCGGCUAUGGAUCCAGAACGAGCCAAUCUGUCGCUCGCCAUGCCAGAAGCCUCGCUUGCGGACGGUGAAGUGGUGGGCAUCGCAGGUCUAGGAAACAAGGGCAAAGUGGGCCGCGCCAAAUGGCGGGAAUUCCGAGCUCUGGUCCUGGGAGGGAUACCAGUCGCGCAUCGUGCGAAGAUCUGGGCCGAAUGCAGCGGUGCGUCCGCGAUGCGUAUUCCCGGCUACUACGAUGAUCUUGUGAAAGGAGUCGGCGUACCCGAUCCUGACCCCUCUGUGGUCGCACAGAUUGAGAUGGACAUCCAUCGCACCUUGACUGAUAAUGUCUUCUUCCGGAAGGGCCCUGGUGUUUCGAAGCUCAAGGACGUUCUGUUGGCAUAUUCCCGCCGCAAUCCUGAAGUCGGAUACUGCCAAGGAAUGAACCUCAUCGCGGCUUCUCUGCUUUUGAUCAUGCCGACAGCGGAGGACGCCUUUUGGAUUUUGGCUUCGAUGAUCGAGAACAUUCUGCCACAGCAUUACUAUGAUCAUGGCCUUCUCGCCUCGAGGGCUGACCAACAGGUGCUCCGACAGUAUAUAGCGGAAGUGUUGCCUAAGCUCUCGGCUCACCUGGACAACCUGGGGAUUGAGCUGGAGGCGUUGACGUUCCAGUGGUUUUUGUCCAUCUUCACCGACUGUCUUUCUGCAGAAGCUCUCUACCGUGUCUGGGAUGUGGUCCUUUGUUUGAACGUUACCAGCACCGUUCAAGGCGGGUCUGCAGGCUCGAAUCCCGCCGCCCGUGAUGGGAGUUCCUCUGCCAAUCCCAAUGGUGCUGAUGCAGAAGAGGAGGCGGCCAGCAGUGGCGGUGGCAGCACGUUUCUGUUCCAGGUUGCCCUGGCCUUACUCAAGCUUAAUGAGCACCAGCUGCUUACGACGUGCUCGACUCCUGCGGCUGUCUACACCUAUGUGAACCAUCAAAUGACCAAUCAUGCCAUCAGCAUUGAUGGACUGAUCCAGGCGACCCUGAUUGACUUAGUUUUGGAUAUGUUUUUGCUGGAUACAGCUAACGGUCCACGUGACGCUAUCCCCGGCUCUAUCGACGGAGACGCCGACGUCACAGGCAUCAACCUCGCGUCCAUUGGACACCGCCAUCUCUUCCUGGGUCCCUGGACUCUCCUCUGGCUCUUUGGAAAGAAUCAUCUCUCGCUGCUGAGGUGUUACAGCUCCUGCGUGGCCCAUGGGACCACCAUCCUCGCGGAACAUUCCUCCCCUGGCGCCUCCUCAACGUCGGCGUCGUCUCUCGCCUCGAUCAUCCUCCCCAAGAUCUCCCACAACAAGGCCCAGAAACUCACCUAUACCCAUGACCGCCUCUUUGUGCACUACAUCGCCGACUCGCCGUCAGGGACGGCCGAAGACGGGCCGCAGCGGCAGGAGAUUUCCUCACACUCGUCCCUCAGCUACCUCGUCGUCGCGACGGCCGAGCUGGGCCGCCGCAUCCCGUUCGCGUUCCUGCUAGAGAUGAAGCGCAAGUUCCUGACGCAGUACCCUCCCUCGACGACCGACUUCGCGGCGCUGCCAGCCUACGGCUGCGCGGCGUUCAACAACGAGCUGCGCGCGCUCCUGCAGACGUACAACACCGCCGCACCUUCGGAUUCGCUGGCCUCUGCCCGCCGCGAGAUCGACAGCGUGCGCGACAUCAUGACGGAGAACAUUGAGCGCGUGCUCGAGCGCGGCGACCGCAUCGACCUCCUCGUCGACAAGACGGAUCGGCUGGGCGGCAGCGCGCACGACUUCCGCGUCCGCAGCCGCGGGCUGCGCCGCCGCAUGUGGUGGAAGAAUGUCAAGGUCUUGGUGCUGCUGGUCAUUGUCGUUAUCUUCCUCAUCUACCUCUUUGUCGGUAUGGCCUGUGGGCUGCCGGGGUGGGGGAAGUGUGUUGGGUCGUCGUCUUGA